GUAGUAACAGUUCAUGCCUGCGCCGAAGCUUCUCCGUUCUCUCUCUAUAAGCAUCUGCAUUUGACUUCGGUGUUCUGUUUUGACUUGGUGGGAAGGGAACGAUCUCUUUGCUCUGAAAUUGUAAUCUUUUAAGCGCUCGAUACCUUGGAUUGCAUUAUAAAAAGGGCCUUUGUUAGAUUCAGAAUUUCGGGUUGAAUUCUUGCUUAUCGCAGGCAUUGACUUUGUUGUUAUUUAAAGCUCAAGUGAGGAUGCGUGCUCGGGUAUUGCUUUCUCAGUGCUUGCCUGGGUUGGUGCCCCAUGACCGUGGAAGUCAGAGCACAUCCUCCAUUUCAGAGAGAGAUGUGCAUCUCCCUUCGCCUGCAGUUGAGAUUCUCCCAUCAAAGACAGCUCACCUGUACAAAUAUGCUAGGGAGAAUGUAGACUUACAAGGGCUCAAUGUAUUCAAGGGUAGAGUUAGUGUUGCUGAUAUCAUUGGCUUCAAUGGUUUGGAAAUGAUUGCUUCAAAACCUGAUGGGAAUAUGAAAUCUUGGGACAGCUCUAUUGAUCUUGUUAAAGUCCUUAAGCAUGAGAUUCGUGAUGGACUAUUGAGCUUUAGAGGCAAAACAGUACUUGAGCUUGGUUGCAGUUAUGGACUCCCUGGGAUUUUUGCCUGCUUGAAGGGUGCCUGCACGGUACACUUUCAAGACCUCAAUGCAGAAACUAUAAGAUGCACAACCAUACCUAAUGUCCUUGCAAAUCUUGAGCAAGCUCGGGACAAGCAGAGCCGACAGCCAGAGAGCCCCCUCACUCCAUCCAGACAAACUCUAGCUCCAUCAGUUCACUUUUUUGCUGGGGACUGGGAUGAACUCCCCAGCGUCUUGUCUGUUGUGAAGAGUGAAAGCUUUGAAGUGACACCGGUAAUGAGCUUGAGCUUCUCCGAGGAGGAUUUCAUGGAUGGAUGUAGCAGUGUAGAUGGUAGCAUCGUGGGGCAGGAAUCCUCCUCGAGGCGAUCAAGAAAGCUUUCCGGAAGUCGGGCAUGGGAGAGGGCUUGUGAGAACGAUCAGGGAGAGGGUGGAUAUGAUGUUAUUUUGAUGACAGACAUCCCAUACUCAGUUAUGUCUUUGAAGAAGCUAUAUGCACUCAUGAAAAAGUGUGUGAGACCUCCAUAUGGAGUGUUGUACUUAGCCACAAAGAGGAAUUAUGUUGGCUUCAACAGUGGAGCACGGCACCUGAAAAGUCUUGUAGAUGAAGAAAGCAUUUUUGGAGCACAUUUAGUCAAAGAGAUGGCUGAUAGAGAUAUUUGGAAAUUCUUUCUCAAGUGAACAAAACAUUCAGAAGUGCAGAAAAGUAGCCAGUAAACUCAGUUACAAAUUUAGAUGAUAUUUGUUAAUUUGAUAUGGAUAUAGAUCACAUUCAUUCCUUUAUUUUUUUCUCUUAUCUGGGAAUUUUUUUUGGGGUGGGGGGAGGAGGUGUCAGUAAUAUUGAUGGAAUUGAAAUGUUAUUUUCCUGCUAUGCCUUCUGUAAUUUUUGUUUUCCAUCUUCUUCUCUCAAAGAAGUGUCCCUUGUUUAAACUGUAAAUGACAGUAUUUAUUUUGUUCUUCCAUAUUUUGUGUAAUAUUGUGUAUUGGCUGAAUUGGGAAUUGAAUAUGUACAGGCAAUUUUGAGUC